AGACUUUGAUUCUCUCUCCAAGGAUGAUGUCUAUGAGAAUAACCGCUUGGCCUUUGAAUUGGCAGAACGGGAGCUGGGCAUCCCGGCCCUCCUAGAUCCCAAUGACAUGGUCUCCAUGAAAGUCCCCGACUGCCUCAGCGUUAUGACUUACGUGUCUCAGUAUUACAACCAUUUCAACAACCCCAGCCAAGCCAGAGUCCCUCCGCCUAUGAAGCGCCCAGCUGCUGCCUCUUCGCCUCCUCUGCUGGCCCACAAGAAGUCCGUGGCUGCGCCGUGGCCUGGGCAGCAGCUCAUGGCCCCCAUCCUGAGCUCCCCAUGCAUCAUGUCUCAGGACGAUGCCCCCUCAGACCUGUCGGAGCAGUCCCAGCGCACCACGCUCAGCAGUACCUGCGCAGCCUGCCAGCAGCACGUCCAUCUGGUCCAGCGCUACCUGGCUGAGGGCAAGCUCUACCACCGCCAGUGCUUUAGGUGUAAGGAGUGCUCCAGCACACUGCUCCCAGGGUCAUACAAGCCUGGGACAGAGGCAGGGACUUUUGUCUGCACGCAGCAUCGUGGUAAACUGGCCAUGAGCGGGAAGGCGGAGAGGAGGCCCAGCCCAGCCCGACAGUCACCAGAGCUAAGAACUGAAACUGGGGCUGGCAGCGUGGGUGAGGAUACCCUCCCCACAGGAGCAGAGGUGGGGAAGGACGACGGCGACUCCCUGGAGAGCAUGGCAGAGACCCAGAUGCCUGCAGAGGGAGUAGCUGGCCCAGUGGAGAAGGACAGCACGCCCAACAAAGCAGAGACAGCGAUGCCCCCUGCUCACACAGGCAGUGGCGCACCCGUCUCCCAAACUCCCCCCAGACCUCCCCUUCCCAGCAAGCCCACAGUGCUCACCCAGGAGAAAGCCAGCUCAUUGGACGGACGGCUCAAGGACAUGCGGCCCACCCCUGCCCCAAGGAGGGCCACCGAUGCGUCAGCCCUCUCGCCUCCAACAUCUCACCCCGUCCCCCGUCCCAGGUCCACUCUCCAGGGCGAGGGCAGCGAGUGUGGGCCUGGCAUGGUGAACGGGUGCCUGAACCCAGCCCCCCUGUCCCAAAACCCCGAGGGAGACCCUGCUCCUCUGAUCGGGUCUUUGUCUCUUAGGCUUUGUAGAGAGUUUAGGGGCUUCAAAAAGGUGUUUCUUGCUGGAGCUGCUGCGAGAGCCAAGGACCCACCAUGGAUGGCCUUAGUGCAAGCAGAGCCCAAGAAGAAGCCAGCUCCCCCUCCUCCCCCAGGCAGCAGCCAUGAGACUCCGAGUAGGACUUCAGAGGAGAAUGGGGAGGAGGUGGGGAAAGCCAGAAGUGAGGAGAGCGGGUCUGAUGCCACAGAGCCCAAACCAUACAACCCCUUUGAGGAGGAGGAUGAGGAAGAAGAGGAGAGCACUGCUGCCCAAAAGAGCACACCUGAGCAGGAGCAGAGCGAGACUGCUGCAAAACCUCUCCACCCCUGGUACGGCAUCACUCCCACCAGCAGCCCAAAGGCAAAGAAGCGGCCAGCUCCGCGAGCCCCCAGUGCUUCCCCGCUAGCCCACCACCCCAUCUCCAGGCUGUCGCACUCUGAGCCAUCAUCCUCCACCCCAUCUCCAGCCCUCAGCCUCGAGAGCAUCAACUCUGAGAGUUCAUCCAAGGUGCUGGGUGACACCGAUGAGGCCUCAGUGCCCAAAAGCUCCUCCGAGCCCACUGUCCACACGCCGACGGCCACCAAGACCUCUAGCACCGACACGCCACUGGCCAGCAUCUCCUCCAGUGAAAGCCCUGCUGCCCCAGCCAGCCUCUCUACCAACUCCUCCUUCUCCUCCUCCAGCGAGCUGGCCAGCUUCAGCGGGGAGGCACAGCCCAGCACCCCGCACACCAGCAGGAGCGUCUCCACCGGCAGCUUAAAGACCAGCCCCAGCCGGCUGCCCCCCAAGCCUCCUGCUGGGGCUAGCCCUACACCCAUCCUCUUGGCUUCAGAUGGGGGUGCUGGGAGCCCUAAGAUGCCCUCCUCGCCCAAGCCACAGCUAAAGUCUUCCUGCAAAGAGAACCCCUUCAACCGGAAGCCAUCGCCUGCCGCCUCCCCCUCUGCAAAGAAACCUUCCAAGGGCUCCAAGCCAGUGCGUCCUCCUGCACCGGGUCACGGCUUCCCACUGAUCAAACGCAAGGUGCAGACAGAUCAGUACAUCCCUGAGGAAGACAUCUAUGGAGAGAUGGAUGCUAUCGAGCACCAGCUGGACCAGCUGGAGCAUCGUGGGGUGGCCUUGGAGGAAAAACUUCGCAGUGCUGAGAAUGACAGCCCUGAGGACAGCCUGCUGGUGGACUGGUUCAAACUCAUCCAUGAGAAGCAUAUGCUGGUGCGUCAUGAGUCAGAGCUCAUCUACAUCUUCAAGCAGCAGAACCUGGAGCAGCGACAGUCAGACGUGGAGUAUGAACUGCGUUGUCUCCUCAACAAGCCAGAGAAGGACUGGACCGACGAGGACCGAGGGAGGGAGAAGGUGCUGAUGCAGGAGCUGGUGACCAUCAUUGAGCAGAGGAACGCUAUUGUGAACUGCCUGGACGAGGACCGGCAGAGAGAGGAGGAGGAGGAUAAAAUGUUGGAAGCCAUGAUUAAAAGGAAAGAAUUUCACAAGGAGACAGAGACCGAGAGCAAGAAGAAAGGCAAAUUCAAGCCCAUGAAGGUGCUUAAGCUGCUGGGCAACAAGCAUGACUCCAAGAGCAAGUCGCCCAAGGAGAAAAGCUAGAGCAGGGGAACACCAGCAGUGGGAGGGAUGUGCUGCCCGGCUGCCCUGGCCUCUCCGCAGCUGGCUGGGAUGCCUGCCAGGAAGGGGGGCUCGUCUCCCUCCGCUCCCCUCGCUUCUCCCCCCACUCCCUCCCCAGCCACCGGAGCUGCCGCCCCAGGGAGACGCCAGCCCUCUGCCCGGAGUGGGGGAGUCUGACCAAAGCGCUCCCCUUCCCAAGGCUGCGGAGGAGCCU